AGUAUAGACAACAACAGAACUUGCGGGGCACAAUGACGAAGCAAAGAUCUAUAAAACUUCACCGUCGAGAAUUUUAUACAGCAUCUGAGGGUCCGUAGCAAUAUAGUUCAGCCUAUUAUUUUUUGGAGACUUUCAAAGCUCUGUGAGCUACAAUGGCGAGUUUGUACUUUACCCGUGGGGCAUCAAACCUGUUGCGCCUUUUGAAAACAUCAUCUGACGGCUGCAUCUGCAAAAAACUUUCCACAGAUGCAAAAAACUCUAGUCCUGCGUUUUCAGCACGUCACUCUGCCUUAAGAAAUAAAGGUCUCAUUGUUCAGUUUCGAGGCCUCUCGAGCAGUUCAGCAGGAAGUGUCGGCGAAGAUGGUACAACACACGAGCGGGGACAAAUUCCUCAAGUGGACAGAUCAAGUUCUGCGGAUUCUAGACAGUAUCACACCCCAAGUUGUGCCCCUUUACCCCAGCUAGAUGUCCCAGUUGACGAACAGUUUGGAAAGCCUUCUCCUUUCAAAGGAAUGGAUACAGAAUUUCCCUGUGUUUCUAGAAAUCGCUCAGUUGGACCGGAUCCAGAGUAUGCCAAAAUCGUGUCGGGCUACAAAGUCUUCAAUUCCAAGGAGGCGUUUUAUCUGAAGUACAACAACGCCGUCUUGCCAGAGAUUACCGUGGCUUACGAAACAUGGGGAGAGCUGAACGAAGAGAAAGAUAAUGCUGUUUUAAUUUACACUGGUCUUUCGGCAAGCUCGCAUGCCAAGAGCCAUGAGGAAAACCCUGCCCCUGGCUGGUGGGAAAAGUUUGUAGGCCCUGGGUGUGCCGUUGAUACUUCCAAGUUCUUCGUCAUCUGUGCCAACCAUGUUGGGGGUUGCUAUGGUAGCAGUGGUCCCAGUUCUAUCAAUCCAUUAACCAAUCAGGCAUAUGCAACGACGUUCCCCGUGGUAUCAGUAGAGGAUAUGGUGAGGGCCCAGUUUCUACUGCUUGACCACCUGGGAAUUUAUAAGCUUCACGGUGCUGUAGGCUCAUCUCUAGGAGGGAUGUGCUCUCUGAUGGCUGCAGCCUUACACCCUGAUAGAGUGGCAAGACUUGUGUCCAUAUCAGGUUGUGCCCAGUCACAUCCGUCGUCAAUAGCCAUGCGCUAUAUCCAGCGAAAGACAAUCAUGUGUGACCCCAACUGGAACAGUGGGCACUAUUAUGACGGGGUGUUCCCCAAGAUGGGCAUGAAACUGGCCAGGGAGAUAGGGACAAUGACAUACAGGAGCGGACCUGAGUGGGAUCAUCGAUUUGGUAGGAAGCGCAUUGAAGACACAGAUCACAUCAGUCUUUGUCCCACGUUUCUGAUAGAAAACUACUUGGAACAUCAGGGGGAGAGCUUCAGUAAUAAAUAUGAUCCCAACUCUCUGCUCUAUAUUUCUAAGGCCAUGGAUCUGUUUGAUAUAUCAGAAGGUUGUCCCUCACUCACAGAAGGCAUGUCGAGGAUCACCUGUCCUGUACUAGUCAUGGGUGUCCAGACCGACAUCAUCUUCCCCAUCUGGCAACAGAGGGAGAUAUUCACCGCCCUGGAUGAAGCAGGCAAUGAGGCUGUGACUUUCUAUGAAUUGAAUUCUCCUUAUGGACACGACACGUUCUUACUGGAUCUGAAUGGAGUAGGAGCUGGUGUGAAGGGCUUCCUGGAAACAGACAUGGUGGAGAAGGGGUGGCUGACAAAACACAAACACAGGCUUCCGAAGUGAUUUUCAGCUCCGAUUAUUCCAUCCAGCAGAAUUUCUCCAGCAGUAACGCUGGCCUGAACAAUCACAGGCUUCCUGGACUGGGUCAUUUUC